CUUGCUGGGAUCCCCUCGUUUGUUAGUGGGGAAUUAGAGACCAGCCUUUGCGCACGAAGGAGGUGAGGACGGAAUGGGAGAGAGGGAACCAUAUUCCUGGAUCUGGAGUCCCUCCAGGGAGCGGACGUGCGGUUCCCGAGCCUCGGCGGUGAAGACAGCGCAGCCCCGGGCACAGCUCUCUGGACAGCGGGGCCGGCGCUGAUGGCCCACGAUGUCAGCCACUAACAACGUAGCCCAGGCCCGGAAGCUGGUGGAGCAGCUGCGCAUCGAAGCCGGCAUCGAGCGCAUCAAGGUGUCCAAGGCCUCGUCGGAGCUCAUGAGCUACUGUGAGCAGCACGCCCGGAGCGACCCCCUGCUGGUGGGAGUCCCCGCCUCCGAGAACCCCUUUAAGGACAAGAAGCCUUGUAUUAUCCUGUAGCCGCGUCUCCGGGCGUCCCUCCCUCCGGCUCCCUCGGCUCGGGUGCCGACCCCUGCGCCGGCAAGCGAGCCAUCUCCAGUCCCGAAACGCUCGGUCCCCAAGAGAGGCGAGCAGCCGCCACCAUGGACGCGGCAAAAUGUGUCCUCCGGGUCUAGCUGGAGUUUCAAGCCCAGCAGCGCUGUCCUGUCCGGGCCCCGUGGGGAGACGCCGGGGAGCCGCGGCCCGCGGGGAGCCGCAGAAAUGCCCGAGUGACGCGUUGACGGCGUCCGGAGGCUCUGGGCCGCCAUCGGGAUAGUGGCCGGGCCGGGUGGGGGAAGGAGACGGGGCACCCGGCGAGGCUGCUGCGUUUGCGCUGCUUCUCCCCGAGCCGCCCCAGGUCAGGGGUGCACGGAGGGCCCCGUACACGGCUCGGGAACCGCGUCUCCUCUCCACUGAGCCCAGAGCCCGCAGCUCCACGUCACGGGGAAGGCGCCCCCAGAUGGUAGGGGCCGGGAGGGGGGCUCUGUCUGUGCAGUGCGCCCCGCGUGGCCUCAUGUCCCCCUGCGCCGUGGCACCGGCGUGGCAUCGGUGUGGCACGUGGCCCCCGACAGCCCCGCCGUGGCCCCCAGCCCUUCGCGGGGACCCCAGCCCUCAGGGAGGCGGGUCUCCAGGCCCCUGCCCGGCUCCCGGGAGCGGCCGCCUGCGUCGCGGCCCAUUUUGAGAGCCCGCGGCGAGGCGGGCAGCGCGAACCAUCUGUGUUCGGCCCUUCCGGGCGGCCGUGUUGUGUUCUGUUGUGCUUUCUGCUUUUGCCCGUGGCCGUGGCCACUUUGCAGACGGGAGGGCGGCCUGGGGAGGCCCUGCCUCGUAGGUCAGAAGGCGUCCGGUCCCGGAAGCAGCCAUGGCCCCCGGGGGUGAGAUGCCUAACCCGCUCGCCUGCCCUUCCGCGACUUUUCUUCAGUCGCUUGGCCCCUGUGACCACCGGCACGGUUCCAGGAGCAGGAGGCGGAGGGAGGGCCCGAGCACAGCCAUCCCCCACCUGCCCCACCCUUGCACCCCUGCAUACCGCCCCCCGGAGGGUCCUCCCCUUACAGGCCGGGGCCAGGGCCUCGUGCUGACCUCAAGGCUCCUGCUCCCCACCCCCCAGCCCUGCAAGUGCCAAGGCCCAGACCCCAGCAGCGCUAAGGUUUGGGGAUGGGGGGGACGUGUCCCCAUGCGGGCUGGCUCCCCAGGGCGCAGGCUGUAGGGUCCAGCCUUGCUCCCCGGCUCCCAGCUCUCUCCGGCCGGUCCGGGAGCACCAGGGGUUUUGGGGAGCCCAGUGUCUCCAAACCUGCCGUUGGACGGGGAAGCUGCGAGGGCCCGAUGCCCUGGCCACCUUUCACUGGGCGGAAGCCAGCCUCCUACCAUCCCCAGCUGAGCAAGGAGACAGAGCAGAAGCUGUCCUCGGCGGGUAGGCCAGGGCCCCAGGGAUCCGCCCCGAGACACCAGACCGGGGAGGCGGUUGGCCGAGCAAAGCCUGUCUGGGCCCCUUCUGUGAAAGCCUUAAUCCCUGGAGCCCGUCCUUCCCCUGCGUUCCCAGCACUCCGGGCUGGUCCUCGGGCCGCGGGUCCCCAGCGAGGACGGGAGGCCCUGGUCUCAGUCCACCCCCUCCCUACUGGCUUUGUCCCGCUCGGCCUUAUCGCGUGUCCCCAGCCCGCGGCCCAGGUGCGGUUGAACAGUCAGGGAGCCCCACAGCCAGCGGCACCCCCAGCCCUGGAGUGAACCCCAACUCAAGUCAGAGCCCCCCGGGCUGAGGGGUGGGGGUAAACCAGCCCCAGAGAGGGUGAGGACGGGCGCGCCCCCAGCCCCGGCCACCACACCCGCCCAGCUGCCUCCCCCAGGGGCUGGCGGGGACCUCGACCCCGGGAGGCGGCCGUCCCCACCGUGGGUGUCCUUCUAGCUCCUGUUUUCCUUCUAGAGUAAGUCUCCGUGUCCCUAGUGUAGACCUCAAGCGCCCAAGCCUUCCCUGGGCGCGUCCCGCAUGAACACAUCGUGUGCCGGGCGUCAGCCGGAGCCAGCAGAGCUGGCGCCAUGGGCCUGGGGGAGACCCACGGCAUAGGGGAGACGUGAAGGGCACCGUCCCCAACACACCGAGUCUGGGGGUCCCCAGGGGGCUGGCAGGUGGGGCGCCUCCCCUCCCCUCCCCCACACCAGGAAGGAGCUAGAACGUGCACCCUUCCCCACGGGUGACCCCCAGGCCAAGACCCCUGGCCUGGGGGAUGUGAACCGCGGGCGGCGGAAGGUGCCGUCCUGCCUGCGACUCUGGCGUCCGUUGCCCGAGCGCUGGGCCUCCGGGCAGCUCCCCCGGCUCUGCACGGCCCCACUGAGCGCGGGGGCCCGGGAAAGGCCGUCAGCCUGCCCCGAGGGCAAGGGACCAGGGGCAGUUUCCCGGCCAAGGUGAGGCCACCAAAGGUCACGCUGGUCCUCCAAGAACACCUACAAAAAGCCAGCCUGCCACGGAAUCCCCGGAGAAGCAGCCGUAUGUCGGGCCCUUGCCCGCUUCCUUCUCAGUCCGUGGAAACCAUUGCCAAACGUUGCAAAGACCGGUUCUGGUUUGCAGAAGCCAUCCGUGGCUCUAACAGGUUCUACCCCAUCUCCUUUGGGAUGUUCAGUGGCUUUUAUUUCUGAUUUUUUUUUUUUUUAAAAAGGGAAAAAAAUUCCUGGUGCACCACACCCACUUUCUUGCAGUGUUUUAAUGUUGUGUGGAAUCGUUAAUACAGAGUGACUGAUCCCCGGCA